AUGGCGAGCUCCGCCGUGGCGCCUCUGCCUUCCCAUCGGAAUGCACUGGCCUCCCUCCAGAGCGCCGCCGUGUUUGCCAAGACCAGGAGCGACGGGCGCCUCCGAUCUGAUCGUUUCAUCCUCUUCCAUCACGGCGCGGCUUCGCGGUGGCUUGUCGGCCGGUCCCCCAAGCCGCCGAUCGCGAAGUUCUGGUUUCAAGGAAAGGAGAGCGGGAGGGGUGAAGUGGUGAGGAUUUUGCCUCUGAGGUCCCAGUUUGAGUUCCCUGACGGCGUCCAAAGGCUGGCGAGGAAGAUCGUGGCGGCCAUCGCCGCCGCUCUCUUUUGCUUCGGUGCGGGUAUCUCGGCGGCCAGCGUCGACGGCAGACUGUCCAGUCUAGAGACGUAUUCGUGUGAGGACGUCGCGGGAUACUAUGCUGGUCUGGAGGGAUUGGACGGUGCCGCGUUGAUGAGACGGUUGAGCGCCGUUGUCUCUGCUCAUCGGUCAUUGACUUACAAAGAGGUGCCGCGAAAAUGGUUUUGUCCGAUCGUCGAAUGAGCUAUUCUCGAGCAAACAUUAUCGUUAAGGUCACGAUGAACAGGUGUGGGACGCUCUCAAAAUACUGGACGCCGCCGACCCCAGUGACCCCGAGCACUCUUCAGACGUGUAUGUAGACGUUGAAUAUAUCUCAGGCUCUAAUUUUUUUUUCAUUAAUGAGAUGCUACCAAUGGUUAUCAUCUUUUGACAAUGUUCCGCAGAAUCGAGAUAUACUCUUUGAGAGCUGUAUCAAAGACGCUGGCAGGAAAAUCGGAAGGCUGGAACAGUGAGUUCCCACAAUGUGAUCUCAAUCUCGCUUCAGGAUGUUCCAUCGUUUCGGAUGAAUGGAGGUUGUCCAGGAGUUUCGUCUGAUAUAACUUUCUCUCUCUCUCUCUCUCUCUUUAGGUGUACAAGUCACAAUCUGCAGCCUUUUAGGAACUCUUUUAUACAGCCCUGAGCGUUCAGACAAAAAGUUGAAUUCAGAUGGAAACUUAUAUCCACCUUGGCCUAAUAAUAUAGCUGAUAUGAAAACGUGCGUAGGUUGUAGGAAGUUGAGAAAGGGAGACGGAACGAAAGAUCAAGGAAGAAACUUCUUAAAUCGACGCCAGAACACAAAAAAUAAAGGGAAAAAAGUGGGGGAUCAAUUAGCUUUAGAAUAGAAAAUAGUCACAGAGCUAUAGAGAUUCAGCCAAUUACUCCCUUAACGUUUGAAAGUCAUGUAUGAUGCUUGAAGUGUUAACAUUUGACAGUGACCCUCUAUCUGCAUGCUUUGAAGGUCAUUGCCUUUCUCGUGAGGUCCAUAGCGAUUGUUUUCAUGGCAAUUACUUACUUGUUUCCAGGAGAACACCUGUGGCCUCGAUCGUACGGACUGAUAGACAAGCCCUCCUUGACAGAUUUACAUAAUCUUCGCCCUGCGGAUGUCAACAGUAAGAUUAAUGGAAACAACAACUCUUACUGAAAUUGGUUGUGAAUUGUAAGCAUGCAUGAAUGAUAGGUUGGUCUUUGCUUUACCAUUCCCUAAGCUCACAGUUGUACAAGGUGCCGAUUUAUUAAUGAGUGAUUUUGGUAUCAUUAAAACACAGGAUUGUGAAAAAUUUGUUAGCUUGUAUUUGCCUUUUGCCGACGAAAAUGAUUUCGCGUUGUUCAUUCUAUCCAUGCUUUAUGGUAUAAUCGCUGACAGUAUGGAGUUUCGUUCCAGUAAAUUCAUCAAGGGGAAACAAAUACUAUGGUGAGUGUGUUUCUGAAUCAAACGUGUGUUUACGACCAGCGAACCGCGAAGCUGCUCCUGAUACAGAAGCAGACAGCAAAAAAUGGGCUCCACCCUUCCAGGUUCAACGCUGUGUCCUAGCAGUUACGAUCUGGUUUCUACACAACUAAAGCAUGGAUAUGUGGCCUAUUACUUGUUUUACAUCAAUGUAAAAAUCGUAUAAUUACUUACAUGGGAGUGUACAAUAACAUUCAAAUUCUUGAAGAAAUUUUCAAGAUAUGUUCAAAUCCCAAAGGAAAAGUAAACUGGAAUGAAAUCAAUUCAAAGAAGCCACAACAGGGUAGGCUCCUUUGAAUUUCUUCUUCAAAGGAAAUUUAAUUUUUGAUGGAUGGAAAGGAUAAUAGCUGUAGCAUUUUGAAAACUCUUUUUUUGACCAAAAGGUAUUGGAAAUAAUGCGCCGAGCUCACCGUUAGUUAUCAUUUCUUGUGUCAUCCUCGUACCCUGGAUGUAGUAUAUGCACUAGUAAGGGCUUGCUCUGCCAUUUAUUUGUCCAGCUUCUUCGUUAAAUGUAAUACAUCAUCUUCCAUGAAGAUCGAUAGAAACAUAUGUAACCUUCAAGUAACUGAACCACCUGAUAUGUAUGUCCCCGGACGUGCAUAACCUCCAGAAUAUCUACUGAAAUAAAGAAAGUAUUUGGAUAGAAAACUUUUCGUGAUCCUCUUUUCUAUCUCUGUUCUUGGCUUCCUCAACGUCUCUUUUUGCAGCAGUUUUGUGCUUCUCGUCAAAUAGUCAUGGGCCUUCGAUCCCGCAACACAGAAUUAUUUUUGGAUCAUGCUGUUUAUCCAAAUGAGGGCAUCUUAGAACUGCACUGUACUUAUUGUAACUCGGUGGUGAUAUUCAGGUGAGGGGUGACGUGGCAAGGUCUCUGAUGUAUAUGGCUGUCUCCUACGGAAUGUACCAACCUGGUGAGGGCCCCCAUUUGAAGCUGUCCGAUUCACCGAAUAUCAGUGAGUCCUCAACUAAUCCAAGGAAAAUAAAGCUCCAUUUUUGUUGGUUAUGCAGGCGAGAACUGUUGCUUGAGAAGAUCUUUCGGCUCUUGUCCAAAACAUAAACGUGCUACUACUCAUUUUCUAAAACUCAUGCCAUAAACAUUCUAAGUGCAGAGACUAGGAUUUGACUUAAACGAAAGGUUGGUAAUAGUUUUUACUCUAUUGGAAGGUCAAUAUGUUACUAUACAGGAAUGAUCUUUUUUCUACGAAGAAUAGUCAAUCAACAGAUCAUCUGCCUAUUUUUGAAGGAAACCCCAUGAAAAUUAGGAGAGAAUUGGGAAGGAGAGGUUAAACACAUCGUUGCUGGGAUUUUAUGGUAGAUUUUGCAGUCGUAUACAGAGAUGUGAGAUCGUCUGACACUUGUCCUUGAAAGGCAUUUCGUCCGACAUUUGGACUGGUAACAACCACUGGAUGUCCAUUGAGGUUGACGAAAUUCUUCGACUGAAAGUAAUACCAUUUUAUAUUCAAAAGUUUCCCCAAGAAAUCGUAGCUUCUCGAACCGAGUCAUCCAAUUUCUAUGGGAUUUCUAAAGCUAGAAAAGUACUUGAUACCAUUCCAUGAUGGAAACAUGAUUAUCGGUGGUGAUUAGGUUUUGAAGAUCCUACUCUGAAGUGUUUGUCCGUGAUGAACUGUUUACUGACUUAUGAAUGCUAUAAUCUCUUAUAGAGAACAGAGAAAUGGGACUCCUCUCCACGUUGCUGAAGUGGAAUGAAUUCGACCCGCCAUCAAAAGCUGAGAAGUUGAGGAACGAAAGAGUAUGCAGGCUGUACCAACACAACAGAAAUCCUUUCAUUGACCACCCAGAGUACGCCAAUCUCAUAUGGAAGCAAACUCAGAGCAGGAGCUUGCUAACUUACAAAUCCUCGAUGGCAUGGAUAAAUGAAUUCCACUAUGACAACAAAGGGAAGGACGAAAAUGAGGUACAUAUUAUUCAUAUUAUAUCUUGGUCACAUGCCCCAUAUACUUCCAUGAUUAAACUAGACCCUCACAUUCACCUCUAAAUUCUGAAACCAACAGUUCGUGGAAAUCAUGGCCGAUCCGUCAAUUGAUGCAACCAAGCUGAUGCUUUUAUUAUACAAUGGAUCCACCGGAAAAGUGUACAAGUCAUUGAUGUUGGGUGACAGCAAAGCCUUUGCCGUCACAGACCACGCAUCAAGGUUUUCAAUUUACACUGCAUUCGUGCCGCUCCAGAAUGGCCCCAGGGACGGCAUGGCAUUGGUCUCACUUGCAGAUGAUAAUCAGCCAAAAGUCAUCCAGUUUCUUUCAUACGAGGGCACUCUCACACCAACCGAUGGCCCGGCUCGAGGCAUUGAAUCCGUGGAUGUUAAUCUCCAAGAAACAGAAGCUUCAGGUCCACAUGAUUCACUGGGAUUGAUUGAAACAGCAAGUGGGGAGCCCAAGUGGGCUCAGUUCAAAGGGACGGCAACACCAGGAAAACCAAACGUCGGACAGAGAUUGUAG